AGCGCGGAGCGCGACUCCCGGGAAGGCGGCGGCGGAGGAGCAGCAGCGGGAUCGGUCUGCCAGGCGCCGCCGGCCGGAGCGCGCCGCCAGCAUGGACUGGGGCACCGAGCUUUGGGAUCAGUUUGACACCAUCGAGCGCCACACGCAGUGGGGCCUAGAACUGGUGGAGAAAUACGUCAAGUUUGUGAAGGAGAGGACGGAGAUCGAACAGUCAUACGCCAAACAGCUGAGGAAUCUUGUUAAAAAGCACCUUCCCAAGAGGACGACGCGUGAAGACCUGGAGUCAAAGUUCUGCCAAUACCAAGCCUUCCUGCAGGUGGUGAGGGAGCUGAACGACUUUGCAGGCCAGCGUGAGAUUAUAGCAGAGAACCUCCUGACACGGAUAUGUGUGGAGCUUGCCAAGUACUCUCAGGAGCUCAAGCAGGAGAGAAAAUCGCACUUGCAAGAAGGCCGAAGGGCUCAGCAGCAGCUGGAGAAUUCCUUCAAGCAGCUUGAAAAUAGCAAACGCAAAUUUGAACGCGACUGCAGGGAGGCUGAGAAAGCUGUGUUGACAGCAGAAAGACUGGACCAGGACAUCAAUGCUACGAAGGCCGAUGUGGAAAAGGCCAAGCAGCAAGCAAACCUCCGUAGUCAUAUGGCUGAAGACAGCAAGAACGAGUACGCAUCCUGUCUGCAGAAAUUCAACCGCAACCAGAGCCAAUUGUACUUUCUGGAAAUGCCGCAGAUCUUCAAUAAACUGCAGGAGAUGGAUGAGCAGCGAGUGCUGCGGCUCAAAGAAGGCUACAGCAUCUUCUCGGACACCGAGCAGCAAGUCAUGCCCAUCAUCGGCAAGUGCCUGGAGGGCAUGAAGGCAGCAGCAGACUUGGUUGAUGAGAAGAAUGACUCACAGAUGUUGAUCGAACUUCACAAAUCGGGCUUUGAGAGGCCAGGAGACAUGGAGUUUGAAGACUUUAGCCAGCCUAUGAACCGCACCUCCUCCGAUAGCAGCCUGGGCACCCCUCGCGGCACCCUCGACAGCCGGCUGGAUCCCCGACUGCUGGGCAAGAGCAAGACGAAGCGCUGGCCCUUCAGCAGGAAGAAUAAGCUCCCACCCCCUCCCCUCUCCCCCUUAAAUUGCCCCACAUUGUUGUCUUCUCCCCCUUCCUCAUCUGCCAUCAAUGGACCUCCAUCCCCCAAAUUCACCCGUGACCCCUUGUCUUACUGUUUGAACGAGAUCAAUAAGACAGUCAAACCCCGCAUCACGUCCUUCCGCAGCCUCAAACGGGGGAUUGUGAUCACGGAAGACUUCAGCCACCUGCCUCCAGAACAGAGGAGGAAAAAGUUGCAGCAGAAGAUAGAAGAAAGAAACCGGGAACUGCAGAAGGAGCUGGAUCAGAGGGAUGCCUUAAAUAAGAUGAAGGAUGUUUAUCAGAAGACCCCUCAGAUGGGAGAUCCCAAUAGUCUCGAGCCAAAGAUCUCGGAGACCCUGGGCAACAUUGAGAGACUGCACCUAGAAAUCCAGAAGUAUGAAGCUUGGCUGGCAGACGCAGAAGGCCGGAUGCUGAAUAACCGCCCCGACACGGUCACACGGUGUAACCGCCACCUGGAUCCUGCCAGCACCCUGAACAACAACAACUGUUCUCACGAGAAGGACAGCCCUGACACCACCCUCUCCGACGAGAGCCAAGACACCCUCAACCAGCCCAUCUACACGGAGUUCGACGAGGACUUCGAGGAGGAUCCGGCUUCUCCGGUCGGCACGUGUGUGGCCUUAUACCAGUUCGAAGGUUCCAGCGAGGGUACCAUCUCCAUGCUGGAGGGUGAAGAACUCAGCCUGAUGGAGGAGGACAAGGGGGACGGGUGGACCCGCGUGCGGCGAAGCAAAGGGGACGAAGGCUACGUCCCUACCUCCUACCUGCGCAUCAGCCUCAACUGAACGGGGGAGGAGUUAGUGGCAUCCUAGACGCUGCAGCUUGACAUUUGCAAACCAGCGUCGGGGCAGGAGGAGGUGUGCCGUAUUUCAGCUGACUUGAUGCCUGCUGCGGGUGGGAAAUGUGAGAGAAGGAACGACCUGCCAAAUUACUACCACUGGGAGUAGAGCGUGAGAUAAUUGUCUUCCUCAAGCAAGGGGGGGGGCGGGGAAGAGAACAUUGUGGAUUUAGCACAGAAGUGGGAGACUUGCUUCAUUCUGCUAUGCCCCCCACUAGUAAUUCUUUCCCUGUACACGCUGUUGAUGUGAGCAUAGCCACGCUAUCGCCCCGGAGUACAGCUGUCCGGCCAGAAUGGUGGGAGAGCACCGUCCACUUUCUCCUUGGUCCUGAGAAACGGUUGUGCAUAAAGGGAUGCUACUCCUUUGCUAACUCUCGAGUGGGGGAAUCGACCAGGGCCAGCGAGUCCAGACUGCUGCGCAGGGCUUCCACUCUCCCCAGGACAGAGGACCUCCCUGCUUGGUGCUGCAUUCAACAUACUCUGUCCCUACCAAGAGGGUGUCUUUGUGGGAGACUGGGCCUCACGCCCCUGCUACUGCUGCUACGCCUGCCUUCGGCUCUGCCUUGGGGCCUGGCCUCUGUGUGUGUGCACGUGUGUCUACAGAAAGAGAAGAAGGGCUGCAUGUGUGGAAGGUGGGUCAGAUGCCCUUGGUACCUACCUGAGGCGUGAGAGCCUUAAUGCCAAGACUGGCUCCAAAACCAACGUCCAGAUUCUCUCUUCUCGAAAUGCACUUUAUUUGGCCUGGAUCCGAUAUACCUGGCCCACUCAGCCAUUUGGAAGUGCCUGCUUUCCCAAGUUCCUUUCCUUGUGGCCUUUGCUGUCAGGGAAGCCUGACAUGCUGCCCCCCCCCCAAAUUUGUCUCUCUCAUAUCUCCUGUGUAUUUUGUGUGGUCUCUUUAAAAGAAAAUACUAAUGUAUUAGUCUUUU